CAAUCUCCACAACUACAACUUCCCAGUCUACCCCGAAACUUCGACACCAUCAUUCACUUCAUUUCUUUUCCUCCUUCCUUCCCAUCUGCCUCAUUCGACUGCCCUUGGCGCCUUUCAACGCCUUAAAGACAACAGACCCCAACUUUCAACAUCCGUAUCACGUCAACAAGAUUACCUUUCUGUCAUGCUCCUUAGCCUGUCACAUUUGAGCCCCAACGAGAAACAAACGUCGACGUCAACAUCGACCCCCCGUUGACGACACGUGAAGACCAACCCACACUCACCUUAUAGAGUGGGACCCCGCCGACCUGAUCACUCCUUUGGCAUCUGAUCAUCAACAGCCUCAACUAUCGCCAACAUGCCUCCCCGAAGAUCACACAAAAAGUCGAGAGCCGGCUGCAAGCGUUGCAAGUCGCGCAAGAUCAAGUGCGAUGAAGUCCACCCAAGGUGCGGCAACUGCCUCAAGCACGGCGUACCGUGCGACUUCGAGAACCCCGAUAUGUUCGACGACCUCCUCACCGCCCUCACACCCUCGAAUACCCAAUCGUCACAGUCCCCCAUUGACAGAGCCUCGUCUACAGCACCAUCCCCAUCCGCACAUCGGGCAAAGACGCCUUCUUUUUCUGGCUCACCACCUGCCAUGAACUGCUCACCGCUCUACACAACGCCGUCUACUGCUGCCGUAUCUUCUACAACAACACCCAACAACCGACUUCUGGAGUUACGAUUGAUGCAUCAAUUCACGUCCAUGACCUCCCGCACACUUGUGGUGAACACACCCGCCACGCAGGAUAUUUGGACAAACACUGUUCCGAGGCUGGCCUUCGGCGGUGCCACCUACCUGGCAGAUGCUAUGCUCGCUGUGGCUGCAUUACACCUGCGCUCUUUCAAUCCUGACGACAGGGCGCUCAUCAGGGCAUCUCAUUCGUACAUGGCAUCUUCGCUAGCGGCAUAUUGCUCAACUUUACAAAACGGCAUCACCGAGGCUAACGCCGAGUCACUUUUCCUCACAGCAGCUCUGAUUGCUUUCCAGUCAACGGCUACACGAAUCUUCAUCCGCGACGAAGCCGACCCGAGCGACCCCUCUAGCGUUUACUCUCUGCCCCUUUCUUGGUUCCACGCUUUCCAGGGCGUCAAAACGGUUGUAGCAACAUCUUGGCCUUGGAUUCGUAACAGCGGGGUUGUUAUUCCCAUCAUCGAUUCUCAGCCCGUUCUCCAGCUGGAUCUCGAUGCGACCUCGCCCACCUCCUUCUUUGGAAAGUUGCUUGACAACUUGGACGAGGAACUUCAAACCGAAGACACUCUUAUGGCUAUGUCAACCAGGCAAUCAUACCAGCAUGCUAUCGCCGUUCUCAACUGGGCGCACAAACUGCCUCAUCGUGGCGCCGCACUCGCUUUCCCAGCCACCGUGUCAAAGCGAUUCAUCGAGUUGUUAGAAGAGCGUCGACCUCGCGCCCUGACAAUUCUUGCUUGCUUCUUCGCGCUGCUGAAAGGAUUUGAGUCAGCAGUGUGGUGGCUUGACGGUGUCGCUCGGAGAGAAGUCAUGGGCAUCGUCUCGCAGUUUGAAGCCACAAGCCCCUGGUGGGAGCACCUUGAAUGGCCCGUGCGGAUCGCACUCUAUAAGAACUCCAUCAUUCCACCAGAAGUCUGGGGAUCAGACUGGGUUACAGAGGAAAGCAAGGCGGACAAGGG